GGAGCCUAUUUUUAUUGCUGUAUUAUCUGGGAAUGGAGUGAAAUGGAAUGAAGUCCUUGUCUAUGAAUUGCAGAGCUGAUUUGUAUUUUUUCUUUUAUUUUCUAGCUGAUAGGAUGCUAUCAACCAAAGAAAUCUGCGACUGAUUCUGAAAGUAAUUAUAUGACCAUAAACCUGCGACUUGCGCUUGGAUAUACAUUUGGUUUAUGUAUGUGCAUUGAAAAUGGUGGAUUCCUAAACCCUGCUAUAACAAUUGUGUUUAAAGUACUUGGUAAAAUGAAGUGGAAAGAGCUGUUUGCCAACGUACUUGCACAGUUCCUUGGUGCUUUGCUAGGAGCAGCACUAAUUUAUUCCAUUAAUUACGAGGGUACAGAGAAACCCGAAGUGAAAAGCUUGUUUAUGAAACUAGCGGAUGGAGUUAUCAGUAUUAGCAGUAUUUUUUUUACUAGUAAUGAACCUGCUACAGUUGCUAACCUCCAAACUUUUUUUGUAAAAUCUGGAUUACUGAUGAUGGGAGUGAUGUCAAUAAUCGAUGAACGUAGUGUAAACCCACCAAGGUAUGUGCAGCCGUUCUUGAUUGGCACAAUACUGUUUUCUGUUGGACUGACAACCAAUCACAAUACAUAUUGCUUCCUGAACCUUGCGCAGGAUAUUCCCCCACGGAUUAUAGCAGCUUAUUUUUGUGGAUGCUCAGAUUACUGGAAGCCAUAUGACCAUACCUGGUGGCCAAUUGAAGUUUUAGGACCGAUAACUGGUGCAUUUGCUGGAGCAAUUAUUUACAUAUUUCUGGUUGAGAUUCAUCAUAAAUCAUAUGAAUCUGAUGAAAGAAUUGGAUUAGACUUUCAAGAUAACACAGAAGAAUAUAUAGAAGAACCCUAUGGAGAUGUUAUGGUCCCUCAGAGAAAAGAAUCUAAAGAUGAAUAUGAUUCAGCCUAUGGAGAUAUGGUCGCUCUCAAAAAAGAAUCUAAAGAAGAAUUUAGUUCACCCUACGUAGAUGUUAUGGUUCCUCUCUAUUCGAAAAAAGGAACAGACAUGCAUGGAAGACAUAGAAAUCAGAAGAGAAAUAAAAAGAAAAAGUAACUAAUAUGGAGCUUCAGAUUGCAUGACGAAGGUAGUCAUCUGUGCUAACUACAGUUAAACCAAUCUCCGGAAAUUUGUGAUAUUUUCAUACUGUGUUAUCAAUUGUCUUCCGGGAUGCAAGUGCAGUUGGGUAUGACCAUGUGCAACAAAGUAGAAAUAGAUAAAGUAAAAACGCUCAUUUAAACAGAUCUCCCGGGAUUGGUUGCUUCCAACUUGCGACCAAUGGUUUGUGCACCAGUGGAAGUAUAUAUAGUACAUACUACAUGAAUUUCUCAUGUUACAUUAUUUGCUGUUUAUAUGUUGCAUCUUUUUUGUAGCUAAUGUAAACAAAAAUUUUUGCGUGUAUUGCUGUUGUAUUUGAGGGUCCCAGUGUUUGACACUGAUCGGGUUUCACCCUUGUGAAUCAAGUGCUCCGUAUCUUAGCCUAAUUUCUGAACUCAUUCAUAACUCUCUUUUUUAUGUGUGAUUAUUUUCACAUUCCGUCUAUGCCAACGGAGAUCAAAUUUCCACUUUGUGUGUUUAUUUAUUUCAAAAAAAAUAAAUAAAUUGAACUUAUAUACUUUAUUAUAAACCACUCAGUACUCGCUGUGUAUAAUUAUCACAAACCAGAUAAUAUAUUUUUCACAUUAAAUUAAAUUAGUUUUUUUUGUGUAUUUCAAUAAAAAAAAAAAUUUCACUUCGUGUUUGGGUUAAACAGUAAAACUAAUUAAAAAAAAAAUUGAAUUUAUAUAUAAUUAGUGUCUUUCUUGUAAAUCAUCACAAACCAGGUAAUAUUUUGUUGACAUUAUAUCAAAUUUGUUUUUUUUUUUGUGUAUUUAAAUAAAGUUAUUAAAAAUUAAUAAAUUGGCAACUUGUGGCAAGUCUACCCAAUCUCCCAAAUCAAGUGAAUAUUUUAAUAUUUUGUGUUUUGCAAAGGAGAUCAAACUUCAUUAUAAAACUCAGUAUUUCAAUAAAGUUAAUUAUUAGCUUCCAACAGAAACUUAAAAUGAGAAUUAGGCAAACUUUUAUAUUUUAUUUUUGGCCAAUAUUUUAUAUUGGCUGCCACAAAAAAAUUGGAAAUUUCAGAAAAAAAUUAAGGUUUUAAGCCUCAUACUGCCUUGAAAUAAAAAAAAAAGGGAUAUGUAUAUUUCUUCCUGAUUAUAUACUUUUAAUCUAAAGCAUUUAAUGGCAUUCCAUUAGACAUUGUUUACAUUCACCAAUAAAUUAUAUUAUUUCCUGUCUAGAGAUUUUUAGUAAAACCAAUAUUUGAGGACAUUUUUGAAAAUUUUUUGCUGGAAGUAUAUAUUUAAUAUUAUUAUUAUAGGUAUCCUUCCAUUGCUUAAUAAUAGAUGGCAUGCAUAGUCCAAGAUUGAAAUCUUUUUUAAGUUGUUUUACAAUGCUGUCCUUGAAAUAAGUUACAAUGAACGUGGAAUUCCAUGAGCAUGUUAAUUUUUACAGAUUUUAAGACUCCUUUUACCUAAAUUAAUGCUUUCAUUUUUUUUAAAUUAUUUUUGAUGUAUUUUAAGUGAAAUUCUGUACCAACUGAAAUCAGAAAAGUGCAAUCAAUUUAUCAAUCUGUGAGUAUAAAAAAACGAUUAGUUUAACUGUAUUUACUGUACAUCUGAUCAAAAAUCAAUAAUUUGAUUUGUGGUUUAAAAAAAAUUGAUAUACAAGUAUCUGCAAAAUGUAAAUCAGUAAAAGUUAGCCUCGCCUAGUAGCGGCAUCAAUUUCAAUUUUAAUGAUCCAAUUUUAUCAUUAAAGCUUUUAUGCUACAGUAUUUAAAACUGAUCUUAUUUGCUUCUUUUUGUAUGCUUUAAGUAGCUGAAUAAAUGUAACUGAUU